UGAUCACUAAAGUGGGGGAAAAGGAGGUCAUUUUAGAACAUUACAUACGUACACAAUAUCUAUAUAUGUAUAUAUAUCUAUAUGUGUGUGUUCAUCGGUGUGCACAUGUGUGGGAGAAUAACAUUAUAAUCAUAACCAUAGCUGGUCCUCAUCUCCCCCAUACACCCACCCCUACCUCUAGUCUCCUCCCACUGGCCACUUGGAAGGUUCCAGAGUUGGCCAGUUGCCAUAGGCUUCCAUUGGUGGGGGUGGGACGUAGCCUGUGAAGUCACUUUAGAAUCAGGAAGAACUCGAUGUUUGUGAUGAUGUUUCUGGUUCCUUGGUUAGGGGAGCUAGAGGCUUUGGUGACCAACUGGUGGUGUCGGCUUCCUUCUAUCUUAGCGGGGUAUGUCAGAGGUCUCCUGCCUGGACAGAGGAGUGUGACCUUUCCUCAAGCCCUCUCUGGACAUAUCUUCCCAACAUCCUCUAACAAAGAUGCGUCAGCUCAAAGGGAAGCCAAAGAAAGAGACCUCCAAGGAUAAGAAGGAGCGGAAGCAGGCCAUGCAGGAGGCCCGGCAGCAGAUCACCACUGUGGUGCUGCCUACCUUGGCUGUGGUGGUGCUCCUCAUUGUAGUGUUUGUGUACGUGGCCACGCGCCCUGCCGUCACUGAGUGAGCACCUCCAUUCCGCUUUCCUCUGCAGAGAUGUCCACAAUGCCAAGCUCUGUGCGGGAGUGCCCUGUCUCCUCUGAUCUUUGACUUGAUCAAUAUUUCUCUACUCUUUGGGGGGGGAGGGAAUAGGGAACAUUUUAUCAGUGAAUGUGCCAUUUACCUGAUGGUCCACUUCAUGUGCCUUUCAGACUUCAAAGCAGUGUGUGUGUGUGUGCUCCCGCGUGUAUGUGUGGCCCCCUUUUUCUUGAAAUCAAUGCAUAGCUGCACCUGGGGAGAGCAUCUCUGGGUGAUGCUGUUGGGAUCAGAGCUGCCCUCCCAUCCAGCAGCAUGCUUCCCUGCCCCACUUCACAACUUUCUAAGGGGACAGCCUUUCUUCUCUGUGCUUGAUGGGGUUUGAAAUAUGUUGACCCAAAGUGAAAUAUUUAUUUUUUGAAUAAAGGAGAUAAUAGUCUUAAACUGA